AUGGACGAUGACGAGGCAACCCCGGCGCGUUAUAGUGCGCAAGAUCCUCCCACCCACUCGAACAUGGACACGGAAACCAUGGUUUCAUUCUCUCAUGUUUACAGCGGCAAGGAGCUCAGCAGCGUCAGUCCGGAGACAAGGAUCACGAACAUAGAUCCCGAUGGAGAAUUGUUACUUUACUUCGAGGAGCCCAGCGACUGCGAAGCACGCAAGAUGCAGCUCCUCGCCCUGCGCGUUUCCGCUAAAGUCAUGAAGCUGUCGUCAUGCAUCUUCGGGGGUAUGCUCAGCCCCCAUUUCCGAGAGGGCCAAACCCUCAGUCAAGCCACCACCACCAACCCGAAGAUAAUUCACCUGCCAGAAGACGAUUUCACCAACAUGAAGACCAUAUGUGAGGUUGUACACUACCAAAACCCAGCUCCACCAGAUGACUGGCUCGACUUUGCGAAUCUGGUGGAGAAGUACAAGAUGAGUGAUGCAAUAAGACACACGAGCGAAGCCUGGCUUGCCGAUGCGCUUCACGAUUUCAGUCCACUCAUGGAGAGUGGGCUUCCGCUGCCAUACUCUGUGCCGGUUCUGCUGGAAUCGAAAGCUGCUUCAAUCAGGUCAAUGCUGGAGAAGACAGUCAACGAAAGCAUCCAGAGAUGGUUCAGCCAAUACCCUGGAAUAUCUAGCAACUGCACGGCAGGUUCUUGUGGCAUAGCCUUCCUGACAGCUUUCGCCGUGGAUAAAGACAACAUCCGUAGUCAGGAACAAAGGCAUGGCCUAGACGCAUACUUCCACUACUGGAGGCAUCCGGACGAGAGUACACCUUUUGAUGUGGCCCCGAGUUUUAUCAAAAGGUUGAGGGAUGAAUGGCUUGAACGCAAUAUUGCAUGCUCGUAUUGCAGACAGGGGGUUGAUCUUGGGUUGGGAGGGCAUCUGCGGACUGAUUUGCACCCCAAAUUGGAAAAGGCGUACGCGAACAUCUCAGGUCUGUGUCUGGAUUGCGCCCGCAUGUUUUCCGAGGACCCUAAGCCUGAAUGCCGCAUCAAACAUGACUAG